AACAGGCGUCGGGAGAGUAAACAAGGGGCAGCCAUGGAGAAGAGCUACAUGUCGGUGUUCCUGCUGCUUGUUGCCCUCUCCUGCGCUCUGGCUAAGGAGCCACCCAAGAAGGAGACAAAGGAAGGAAACAAGGCGCCCAAAGAGACUAAGCCCAAACUGCCACAGACGCUCUCCAGAGGCUGGGGAGACCAUCUCAUUUGGACACAGACCUACGAGGAAGCCCUUUUCCGCUCCAAGACCAGCAAUAAGCCUGUGAUGAUUAUUCACCACUUGGAGGACUGCCCACACAGUCAAGCACUGAAGAAAGCCUUUGCUGAAAACAAAGACAUACAGAAAAUGGCUGAAAAAUUUAUUCUCCUGAAUCUUGUGUAUGAAACAACAGACAAGAAUCUUUCACCUGAUGGCCAGUACGUGCCUAGAAUUUUGUUCAUAG